AUGAAUCUGCUUCUAAAACUUUCAGUCUGUGAAAGUUUUGAAGCAGUGACGCAUGAAAAUUUCAAAGAUUAUCUCACACAGUACACAGUCUUGGAAAGAAGCGAUAAAGCAAUUUAUAAAAGCACCCGACAACAAAGCAAAAAUGUUGUUUUAAUUAAUGGUAUGAUAAGAAAGAAAUUAAGAGUUGUGGAGUUGGUUGCUUGGAUGGUUCAGGGGUGA